CAUGGAAGCCCACCUUAUGUGAGAGAAAAAUACCCCGCACCCCAGCAUCUCUCUUUCGUUCUCUUCUUCUUAGUCUUGGUUUUAGGGCUUCUUGCCAAUCGCUCGCUCUGCUUCUCACGCUCUCUAGUGAUAUCUCGGUCUUGGUCUAUGUUUUUCUAUUUCUCUGUAACUUGAACUAAUCAUCGCGAAUUUUGUGAAAUUUUUAACUGAAACUGGACGGAAUUGAGGGGAUUUUGGGGUUUGCGAUUUGGGGUUUUGGAAGGAGCUGAACUCGGAAAGAUUGGAUCUUUUUUGGGGUUUUGAAAAUCAAAUUGUUGGGUUUGGAGAUGGUGGGGUUUCUUGGAUCGGGGACAGUUUGAUCGCCGCCGACGUCGAUCGGCAGGCGAGCAAAUCCUCGAUUUGAGGGUUUGGGUUUUUGUAUGGAAACUCGGAGUCGGAAGCGGGCGGAGGCCACCUCAGCAGCCCCUUCAUCGUCUUCAGGACCCACUACCCGUUCCAGCAAGCGAGCUCGUCUCUCUUCCUCCGCCGCUGCUGCCGCCGCGUCCUCGUCCUCUGUGCCCGUUGUCGUUUCUUCGAUCUCUACUCGUUCGCGCGCUUCUCGUUCCCAGGACUCGCUAGCUUCUUCGAUUGCUCCGAUGGAUUCAACUAACGAAUCAUCAGGCUCCGCCGCACGCGGUCGCCGUGGAAAGAAUCAGGGUUCCGAUAAGGAUAAUUCGGACAAAGGGAAGGAGAAGGAACACGAAGUUAGGAUUAGGGAGAGGGAUAGGGAUAGGGAUAGAGAUAGGGAGUUAGGGUUGAACAUGGAGGGUAGGGCUGACGAAGACGACGAGGACGAUAAUGACAGCGAGGGUGGUGUUGGGAUUUUGCAUCAGAAUUUAACAUCGGCGAGCAGUGCGCUUCAAGGCCUGCUUCGGAAACUUGGUGCUGGGCUAGAUGAUCUGCUUCCAUCUUCCGCAAUGGCAUCGGCAUCAUCUUCACACCAGAGUGGCCGGCUCAAGAAGAUUUUAUCUGGGUUGCGAGCGGACGGUGAGGAAGGCAGGCAGGUCGAGGCUUUGACCCAGCUCUGUGAGAUGCUUUCUAUUGGGACCGAGGAAUCGCUGAGUACAUUUUCAGUGGACUCGUUUGUUCCUGUGCUUGUGGGGCUGCUCAACCAUGAGAACAACCCCGAUAUAAUGCUUCUUGCAGCGAGGGCAUUAACGCAUUUGUGCGAUGUGUUGCCUUCUUCGUGUGCAGCAGUUGUGCAUUAUGGUGCAGUUUCUUGUUUUUGUGCACGAUUGCUGACGAUUGAAUACAUGGACUUGGCAGAGCAGUCUCUGCAAGCUCUGAAGAAGAUCUCUCAGGAGCAUCCCACUGCCUGUUUGCGAGCUGGUGCCCUUAUGGCUGUGCUUUCUUAUCUUGAUUUUUUCUCCACAGGAGUUCAGCGUGUGGCAUUAUCUACUGCUGCAAACAUGUGCAAGAAACUCCCUUCAGAUGCAGCUGACUUUGUGAUGGAGGCUGUCCCUCUGUUGACAAACCUUCUUCAGUAUCAUGAUGCGAAGGUGUUAGAGCAUGCGUCAGUUUGUCUGACUCGAAUUGCCGAAGCAUUUGCAUCAUCACCUGAUAAAUUAGAUGAACUAUGCAAUCAUGGUCUGGUUGCACAAGCUGCUUCUCUUAUUUCCACCACAAACUCUGGAGGUGGACAAGCAUUGCUUAGCACACCCACUUACACGGGCUUAAUCCGGCUUCUUUCCACAUUUGCAAGUGGGUCUCCUUUAGGGGCCAAAACAUUGCUUCUCCUUGGAAUUAGUGGCAUUCUUAAAGAUAUACUAUCAGGUUCUGGUCUUGCUGCUAGCAUAUCUGUUUCUCCUGCAUUAAGUAGACCACCAGAACAGAUUUUUGAGAUUGUGAAUCUUGCAAAUGAGCUUCUCCCUCCACUGCCACAAGGAACCAUUUCGCUUCCUGCCAGUUCUAAUAUUUUUGUGAAAGGAUCGCUUGUGAAGAAGUCCCCUGCCGGCAGUUCUGGAAAACAAGAAGAUGUGAAUGGAAAUGUGCCUGAGGUUUCAGCCCGUGAGAAGCUAUUAAAUGAUCAGCCUGAGCUUCUUAAGCAGUUUGGAAUGGACCUUCUUCCUGUUCUAAUUCAGAUAUAUGGAUCAAGUGUGAAUGGUCCUGUUCGCCACAAGUGCCUUUCAGUAAUUGGAAAGUUGAUGUACUUCAGCACCGCAGAUAUGAUAGAGUCUUUAAUAAGUGUAACAAAUAUAUCGAGUUUCUUAGCUGGUGUUUUAGCAUGGAAGGAUCCACAGGUCUUGGUCCCUUCCUUGCAGAUUGCAGAGAUUCUAAUGGAAAAACUUCCUGGGAUAUUCUCCAAGAUGUUUGUGAGAGAAGGUGUGGUUCAUGCUGUAGAUGCUCUCAUAUUGGCUGGGUCACCAAAUACUGUUUCUGCCCAGACAUCUUCGACUGACAAGGAUGGUGAAUCUGUACCUGGUACGUCAACACGCUCAAGGCGUUAUCGGCGACGCAGUGGCAAUUCAAAUUUAGAUGUAAAUUCUUUGGAAGAAUUGAAGAAUUCUGUUUCUGUAAGUGUUGGUUCUCCUCCGAGUUCAUUAGAAAUUCCAACUGCAAAUUCUAGUCUUCGCACAACUGUUAGUGCGUGUGCCAAAACUUUUAGAGAUAAGUAUUUCCCUUCUGACCCUGGGGCUGUUGACGUUGGAGUCACCGAUGAUCUUUUACUCUUGAAGAAUCUUUGUGCAAAGUUGAAUGCUGGUGUUGAUGAUCAAAAGACUAAAGCAAAGGGAAAACUGAAGACCUCUGGGCCUCGUUUUGUUGACUUCUCUCCAACAAAAGAGGAGAGUUUGUUAGGGGUGAUAUCAGAGAUGUUGGUAGAACUAAGCAAAGGAGAUGGUGUUUCCACAUUUGAAUUUAUAGGUAGUGGAGUUGUUGCGGCUUUGCUGAAUUAUUUUUCUUGUGGAUAUUUUUCCAAGGAAAGAAUUUCAGAGGCUAAUUUGCCCAAGCUUCGACAGCAAGCACUCAGAAGAUUUAAAUCAUUUGUUGCUGUUGCCCUCCCAUCUCAUUCUAAUGGAGGGAGCGUGGCUCCUAUGACUGUAUUGGUUGAGAAGCUUCAAAAUGCUUUGUCAUCUUUAGAGCGUUUUCCAGUUGUGCUGAGCCAUUCAUCACGAUCAUCUAGUGGGAAUGCACGGCUCUCUUCUGGAUUAAGUGCUUUGUCUCAGCCAUUUAAGCUGCGCCUUUGUAGAGCUCAAGGAGAGAAGUCUCUCCGUGAUUAUUCUUCUAAUGUUGUGCUGAUUGAUCCAUUAGCAAGUUUAGCAGCUGUUGAAGACUUUCUAUUGCCUCGGGUGCAACGAGGAGAAUCUAAGCCAUCGGCAUCUGUUGGGAACUCAGAAUCUGGGACGACUCCUACGGGUGCUGGUGCUUCAUCACCUUCAACUUCUACUCCUUCAACAACUCGUCGCCAUUCUACUAGAUCCAGAUCAUCUGUGAAUAUAGGAGACACAGCUAGGAAGGAGCCAUCACAAGAGAAAAACACAAGCUCAUCAAAGGGAAAGGGUAAAGCUGUCCUGAAGCCUGCCCAGGAGGAGGCGAGAGGACCUCAAACAAGAAAUGCUGCUCGUAGAAGGGCAGCUUUAGAUAAAGAUGCACAAGUGAAACCGGUGAAUGCGGACUCCAGUUCUGAGGAUGAAGAGUUGGACAUAUCUCCUGUUGAAAUUGACGAUGCAUUGGUGAUUGAAGACGAUGAUAUCUCAGACGAUGAAGAUGAUGAGCAUGAUGAUGUGCUUAGAGAUGAUUCUCUUCCUGUUUGCACACCAGACAAAGUGCAUGAUGUAAAAUUGGGUGACACUGGAGAGGAUAGUACUGUUGCCCCUGCAACAAGUGAUAGCCAGACCAAUCCUGCUUCUGGUUCUAGUAGCAGAGCAGCUACUGUUAGGGGCUCAGAUUCUGCCGAUUUUAGGAGUGGUAAUUCUUUUGGUUCAAGGGGUGCAAUGUCAUUUGCUGCUGCUGCUAUGGCUGGCCUUGCAUCUGCAAAUGGUAGAGGUAUUAGGGGAGGCAGAGAUCGGCAAGGGCGGCUUCUGUUUAGUUCAAAUGAUCCUCCUAGAUUAAUUUUUUCUGCAGCUGGGAAGCGUCUUAACAGGCACUUGACAAUCUAUCAAGCUAUCCAACGACAGCUUGUGCUCGAUGAGGAUGAUGAUGAGAGAUAUACUGGUAGUGAUUUUAUAUCUAGUGAUGGGAGCAGGUUGUGGAGUGAUAUUUAUACCAUCACCUAUCAAAGGGCAGACAGUCAGGCUGACAAAGUUUCUGUUGGUGGAUCAAAUUCUACUGCCCCAUCAAAAUCUUCCAAAUCUGGUUCUGCUUCCAGUUCCAAUUCUGAUGCACCAUUGCAUCGAAUGUCUCUUCUAGAUAGCAUUUUGCAGGGGGAACUUCCUUGUGAUAUGGAAAAAUCUAACCCUACCUACAAUAUUUUGGCACUUUUGCGUGUUUUAGAGGGAUUGAAUCAGCUUGCACCCCGUUUAAGAAUCCAGGCAGUGUGUGACAAUUUUGCUGAAGGGAAAAUUUCUUGUCUUGAUGAGCUGAGUGCAACUGGUGCCAGGGUUCCUUAUGAAGAAUUUGUCAAUGGCAAGCUCACUCCAAAGUUGGCUCGACAAAUCCAAGAUGCACUUGCAUUGUGCAGUGGGAGUCUUCCAUCUUGGUGCUACCAGUUGACAAAGGCAUGCCCAUUUUUGUUUCCUUUUGAGACCCGACGGCAGUACUUCUAUUCAACUGCUUUUGGAUUAUCUCGUGCACUUUAUCGUCUUCAGCAGCAGCAGGGAGCUGAUGGUCAUGGAUCAGCAAAUGAAAGAGAGGUGAGAGUGGGGAGAUUACAGCGCCAAAAAGUUCGUGUCUCUAGAAACCGCAUUUUGGAUUCUGCUGCUAAAGUCAUGGAGAUGUAUUCUAGCCAAAAGGCUGUUCUUGAAGUAGAAUAUUUUGGUGAAGUUGGCACUGGAUUAGGCCCGACAUUGGAGUUCUACACCCUUUUGAGUCAUGACUUACAGAAGGUUGGACUAGGAAUGUGGAGGUCUAAUGGUUCAUCCAACAAAUCAUCAAUGGAAAUUGAUGGAGAUGAACAGAAAAAUGAGAAAGCCAAUAAUAUUUCUGGGGUUGUUUCUGUGGAUGGUGAGACUGAUCUUGUCCAAGCUCCUCUUGGGUUGUUCCCUCGUCCUUGGCCACCAAAUGCUGAUGGUUCUGAUGGUAGCCAACUGUUCAAAGUCAUUGAAUAUUUUCGGUUACUUGGGCGUGUGAUGGCUAAAGCUCUUCAAGAUGGGCGACUUUUGGAUCUGCCACUGUCAACAGCAUUUUAUAAGCUUGUGCUUGGUCAAGAGCUUGAUUUGCAUGAUAUACUUUCUUUUGAUGCGGAGUUUGGGAAGGUUUUGCAAGAAUUGCAAGUCCUUGUUUAUCGGAAGCAAUAUCUAGAGUCAAUGGGUGGUGGUAAUCGUGAUGCAAUAGCUGAUUUACGUUUUCGUGGUGCCCCAAUUGAAGAUCUUUGUUUGGAUUUCACACUCCCAGGCUAUCCUGAUUACAUUUUAAAACCAGGGGAAGAAAAUGUGGAUAUUAGUAACUUGGAGGAAUAUGUAUCUGUCGUUGUUGAUGCAACUGUCAAGACUGGGAUUUUGCGGCAAAUGGAAUCCUUUAGAGCAGGGUUCAAUCAGGUCUUUGACAUCUCGUCUCUGCAAAUAUUUUCUCCACAUGAAUUGGAUUAUUUGCUUUGUGGUCGUAGAGAGUUGUGGGAGGCUGAGACACUUGUUGAUCACAUAAAAUUUGAUCAUGGAUACACAGCCAAGAGCCCUGCAAUUAUUAAUCUCCUCGAGAUCAUGGGAGAAUUCACCCCAGAACUGCAGCGGGCCUUCUGUCAGUUUGUUACUGGUGCCCCUAGGCUUCCUCCUGGUGGCCUUGCAGUGCUAAAUCCAAAGUUGACCAUUGUGAGAAAGCAUUCUUCAACUGCUAGCAACACAGCUUCCAAUGGAUCUGGUCCUUCAGAAUCAGCUGAUGAUGACUUGCCUAGCGUCAUGACGUGUGCUAAUUACCUGAAACUUCCUCCCUACUCUACCAAGGAAAUCAUGUACAAGAAAUUACUCUAUGCGAUCAGCGAAGGGCAGGGAUCGUUUGAUUUGUCAUGAGGCUUGAGAACUAAACUAAUCAACCCGUGUAUAUUAUAUCGCAACAGUUCUAGGGGUCAUUUCUCUUACCUGGGCUAAUUUUGAUGUUGGAAGUAGCACCCUAUUUUGCUCAAAUAAUGGCUUCGUUUUGUGACGGGUCCUGAACUACGGCCUCCCUAAGGUCAGUUUUUAUAUCCGCCUGGCGGCUGUCUCAUUGAAUUUGCACAUGGGGAGCCACUAAUUUAUCCUCUAUUAAUUAGUAGUUUCAAUAUUUUUAUGAUCCUUUCAAUUUAUUUCCCCAUUAAUCCUGGUUUGUUGUUUACCAUGUAUUCCCCCCAACACCCCACAACAAAAAAAAAAAUGUUAAAAAAGAACACACUUUUGGAAAGCAAUUUAUUGCCCUUCAGUGAUUAUAUUCGCUCAAUGGAUGUCAGUUAAAGUGUUAAAGUUUUGUUCAGGUUCGAUCUUCCCCAUGUUUGAAGAGAGGAAGCAUUAAAGAUGGAAUUUGCAGAGCUCUUUUUUCAGCCGUUAGUGGUUGUAAAUAAAUAGGAAUUCUUGAUUAUUUCUCGUCUGUUUUACCGACUAGCAGAGCAUACAUGUAUGGCUGUACGAUCCUUGAAAGUGAAAAAUAAAAUCUUUCAACCAUUGAUAUUCA